AUGGCGGCGCCCCACUGCGCGUCCUCCUCCUCGGCAUUCCUAGGCCUCCCGCGCAGCGACGACGGGCGGCGCUACGGCAACUCAUGCCGCUUCGCUUCCACCACUAGGCUGGCGACGGUGUCCGCCACGCUCGACAAGGAGACCGCGGCGGCAAAGCCCCGGAGGACCCGGAACCGCCGGCCCAGGAAGGCGACCAAGUCCGGCUCCACGGCGCUGCUCGCCCCCGACGAGCCCGCGGAGGCCAAGAACGGUGGGGCCACAGAGGCACCGAACGGCGGCCUCGGCGGUAGUAGGGGUAUGGUGGCGCUGGACGACGUGAUCGUGAACCCGGUGGGGCUGGGCCGCCGGUCCCGGCAGGUGUUCGACGAGGUGUGGCGCAAGUUCUCGCGGCUCGGCCAGAUGUCCAGCGCCGCCUCCGCCGCGGUGGCGGAGCAGGACCCUGCCGUCCUCUUCCGUGGCGGACCCAUGUGCGACUUCACCGUGCCCGGCGCGCAGGACACCACCGUCCUCGUCGUCGGCGCCAUCGGCCGCAUCGUCGUCCGCAAGCUCAUGCUCCGCGGAUACAACGUCAAGGUACUUUUAUUCUCUUCUCCCAAUUGGCUCAUCUUCAGUUACACAGUUUCAAUGGCGGUCACUCUAACCGAUGCAAUGGGUCCAUUGGCGUUCAUCUUCUUUUGCUUUGUUUCGGUGGGUGGAAAUGGAAGAUCAUAUGUUAUCAUUCUUGAGACUGGUCCACUGGCUGACACCUCACAGAGCAAGAAGUAUUUUGCCCGGAUGAACACAAAAGUUGGGUUUUGCAGGGUAAGAGUGCCGUUUUCAUCUUUCCACCCAGUAAACCCACAGGAUCCUCCACUGGACCCGUUUCUUGUCCACACACUAACCAUUAGGUUUGAACCAAAGAAGCAGAGACCUGGCGAUUCAUCUGAAGGAGCUAGUGACCAAAGAAACUUUGAGCUCAAAAUGGAGUUCAUAAAAGCCUUGCCGAGUGGUCAAGAAACAGACAUUGUACUGGUCUCGUGCACAGGCUCAGGAAUUGAAGCUAACAGGAGAGAACAAGUCCUGAAGGCAAAGAAGGCUGGAGAGGAUGCAUUGAGGAGAUCUGGCCUUGGAUAUACAAUUGUACGGCCAGGACCACUGCAGGAAGAACCUGGCGGUCAGCGCACCUUGAUCUUCGACCAAGGGAACAGGAUAUCUCAGGGUAUCAGCUGUGCCGAUGUAGCAGACAUCUGUGUCAAAGCGCUGCACGAUUCGACCGCGAGGAACAAGAGCUUCGAUGUGUGCUAUGAGCAUGUUUCAGAGCAAGGGAGUGAGCUAUAUGAACUUGUGGCUCAUCUGCCAGACAAGGCCAACAACUACCUGGCGCCGGCGCUCUCGGUCCUGGAGAAGAACACAUGA